AUGGAGGAAGUAAAUGUGCAACAAGGAGCCGCAUUCCCUGCUCCACCCUACUACUAUCAACGAUACACUCAGGAAAACCUCGCUCUACUAGAGAAAGCUCGUGUUGCAGCACCAGGAGAUGAAGAGAUCACAAAGUCACUCGAAGCAUUACCUUUUCCCAUCCUCGCACUUGAGCCUCCGCCGCCAGUUAAGAAAGGCGUAUAUUGGAUGUUUGGACGUGCUUGGCCUGUACAGGACAGUUUAGCAACGCUUGAGGAACAAGGAAUUGAACAACUAUACCCGAAGGGACCCAUUGAUCGUGUCAAGGAGCUCAAAAAGCUGAAUCACUCAGUUGUAUUCAACUUUUUAGAACUCGUCCAUACCCUUUCCACAUCGCCCAGUGAAUUUGCAACAAAAGUAGACCAGAUUCGAGUUAUCUUUAUCAACAUGCACCACAUAUUGAACGAAUAUAGACCGCAUCAGGCUCGGGAGACAUUAAAGCUUAUGAUGGAAGAACAACUUCGAAGGAAAAGAAAGGAGACUGAGGCUUUAAGAAAGUAA